UAUAACUUAACAGAAUAAACUAAAAAUCAUAAAACAAUAUGACUGGUUUUAAAGUCUUAGUACUCUUGUCCGUUUUCGCAAUUGCUAUGUCUUUGGUGGAAUCGUCACCCUUGGAGGUGGUAACCGAAAUACAGGAGGGAUCAUCUUAUCAAUCUGCAUUGGGCAAUACUUACUCUUCAGAGGUGGUAACCGAAAUACUAGAGGCAUCAUCUUAUCAAUCUGCAUUUGGCAAUACUUACUCCUCAGAGCUAAGCCUACCAACCGAAACAGAAGUGGGUGAACAAACUGAAGAGUUAAGCCGCCAGAAGCGUUCCUGCUAUACAGCUCAGGUUAGAACCCGUAGUGGACGCAUCAUAUCUGUACGAAGAUGCAAUGGUUAACAGUAUUAGUUUAAAACAUUAAAAACACUGAUUGAAUCAGUAAAUCUUAAUAAAAAUAUACAUUUUGUUAAGUAAUAA